CUCGCAAGGCUCACAAUUCCCAUAUUGCCCCGUAUCUAGCUUUGGGAAGCCAGAAGCGGUCAAACUUUCUCCUCCCCUGCUCUUCGUGAUUGGGUCGUGGGUUCAAACCGGAAAAAAGAAUCGGCGAUCGCGUGAAUCCCCCAAUUGAUUCUUUCUCUGGCUUAUUUCAGGGAUGGGUGACUGCUCUUCUCAGAUGAGUCAGCCCUUGAAGGACUUCUAUAUCCCAGAUCACAUAUUAAUACCAGAUUUAGAGCCCGAGGAAGUUAGUUAUACACCCACUUGUCCUGUAAUAGUCUUCAUUAACUCGAAAAGUGGUGGCCAGCUUGGAGGUGAUUUACUUAAAACAUAUCGCAAGCUCCUCAAUAGAGUUCAGGUUUAUGAUUUGGGAGAGGAGGCUCCUGACAAGGUGCUGCAAAGACUUUAUGGCUACUUUGAAAAACUUAAGUCCGAUGGAGAUACUCUUGCUGCUGAAAUUCAGAAGAGAUUGAGACUAAUAGUUGCAGGUGGUGAUGGCACGGCAAGCUGGCUACUUGGAGUGGUUAGUGAUCUUAAACUUGCUCAGCCACCACCUGUUGCCACAGUGCCUUUGGGAACAGGGAACAACCUUCCCUUUUCAUUUGGUUGGGGAAAGAAGAAUCCUGGCACAGAUCGUCAAUCCGUGGAAUAUUUUCUUGAUCAGGUGAUGAAGGCAACAGAGAUGCAAAUUGAUAGUUGGCAUAUUAUCAUGAGGAUGCGAGCUCCCAAGGAAGGUACCUGUGAUCCAGUUGCUCCUUUAGAACUUCCACAUGCUCUGCAUGCAUUUCACCGUGUUUCAACUUCAGACUCACUUAAUGUGGAAGGUUAUCACACAUUUCGUGGGGGAUUUUGGAACUAUUUUAGUAUGGGAAUGGAUGCUCAAGUAUCAUAUGCAUUUCACACUGAGAGGAAACAGCACCCGGAAAAGUUCAAGAACCAGUUAGUUAAUCAGGGUACCUAUGCUAAGCUUGGAUGGACACAGGGAUGGUUUUUUGCUUCUCUCUCUCAUUCUUCUUCAAGGAACAUAGCUCAGGUUGCAAAGUUGAAGAUCAUGAAAAGACCAGGCCAUUGGGAAGAGCUCUGUGUUCCUCGCAGCAUCAGAUCAAUUGUUUGUCUUAAUUUGCCAAGCUUUUCUGGAGGAUUAAAUCCUUGGGGAACACCAAAUCAGCGUAAAGUGCGAGACAGGGAUCUGACUGCACCAUAUGUUGAUGAUGGCCUUCUUGAGGUUGUCGGCUUCCGAGAUGCUUGGCAUGGGCUUGUUUUGCUUGCUCCUAAUGGACAUGGAACUCGUCUUGCCCAGGCACAUCGAAUUCGCUUCGAGUUCCACAGGGGUGCAGCAGACCACACAUACAUGAGAAUUGAUGGGGAGCCCUGGAAGCAACCUCUGCCCAUGGAUGAUGACACUGUUGUUGUGGAGAUCUCCCAUCUUGGUCAGGUCAACAUGCUCGCGACCAACCACUGCAGAUCCAAAAGUAUCCACGACCCUUCGACACCUUUGUCGGCGAGCAGCCAACAUGAUGAUGAAGAUAGCUGUGGGGAGUCUGAAGACGAGUGGGAAGGUGAGAGGAGGAAGUUUGGUGCUGCAGAGACAUUUAAAUUUCCCGAGGAAAUAGACAUAGCUAAUCUCAGCUAAGAUUCACUUGAACUGCCUGUGUAGAAACAUGUACAUUAUAAUUUUAUGGAUGGCCCAAGUUUUGGUGCCCACUUUUCAUCGUGCGAUAUAACAGUUCCUGUGAAGGGCUGUCAAUUUGAAACUAGCAGAGUACACUUAAGAAAU